AAAAAAACAACCAGAAAUAAAAAUAAAAAACCCAAAAAGAAAAAAAUAAACGUCUUUAAACAACUACAGUGACGAAUAUUUUUAUUUUGGAAUUACCAACAGGGUUUUUCAUUGUUUUCUUUGUGUUGUCUUCAUAAACCAAUUCCAAUUUAACCAUGAAAAAGAUCCCGCUUCUAUCGAAUUUAUUCUCACGUUCCCGCUCCAAUGCUGGAACUCUUGAAACAGAUGCUCUACCUGUUGAUGAUCCACCCGAAUCCAGAAGUAGACAACAUAGUUUAAACAAUGGCUCAUUGAAUUCGGGUGACUUUAAUGCAGCCCUCCAAUUGCACAAUCAAAUGGCUGAAAGUUCAGAUCUAACUGUAGCACGAACUAAUUCGAAUAAUCAAGUUGUUGAGGCAUCCAACAAUGGAAUUCCACAAACUACAAUAACAAACAAUCAAAUGGCUGUUCAAAACACACAAGGGCAAGUUGUAAUGCAAUUCUCCAAUGUUAAUGGCUUGCAAUUUGGAUCGAAUUAUACAUUUAAUAGUGGGAAAUUAGAACAAACAUUGUCACCUGAAAGUUCUUCUGCAAAACCAGCGCCAAAUAAUGGCCGACUGAGACGAACAAGGACAAUCGAAGCAAUGAUGAAGUCUACGGAAGAACUUGACCAUAAAAUGAUGGUUGUUAUAUCGACGCAUUUGGGAGAAGGCUGGAAAAAUGUUUUGAGAGAUCUUGGCUACACGGACGGACAAAUUGAACAGUCUAUUAUUGACAAUCAGAUUCAAGGUGGCGUCAAGGAGGUCAUAUAUCAGUUAUUGCUCGGUUGGACUAAUAAUGCAGAAGAAGGUGAAGCUACUCUUGGAUUAAUAACUCAAAUUCUUUGGAAAUCCAACCAUCGGGAGUGUGUGCAAAAAAUGAAAGAAGUAUGGAAAUUGACUAAUUCGCAACAAACCACUUAAAUCUGAAUUAAAACUGGAAUUCAAAAGAAAUUCCAGCAAAACAUAUAAACUUAACGCUGUGAAAAAGUGUGCUCUAAACUGCAAAUACUUUCGAAAAAAGUAAAAACUGGCAUUUUAUCAUUUUUUUUAGAGAACAUUUUUAUUUAAACUGUUCUACUUUUGUUUGUUCAAUUUUUUAAAAUUAUUGUGUUAUUUUAACUAAAAUGUUGUCAAAUUCCUAAAUCCAGAUAAUAUUUUUUUUUUAUAUUGUUAAUUAUAUUCUGUAAGAAAAAGAUACGAAAAUAUAUAUUUUUCAUACAAAGAAA